AUGACGGCGAUGAUUUUUCGACACGAGAAAUUGCACACCGAUUUAUUCCAGUGUUUAUGGAUACCUAUGAAUACCACACGGUUGUACAGCACACCUGCCACACAAUCUUGCACUGAACAUCGUGAUUUAUACCAAACACUCGGUGUUGAAUCAUCUGCUACGAUAAAAGAAAUCAAAGCAGCUUAUUAUCAACUGUCAAAAAUUUAUCAUCCAGAUAGACAUGAUAGUAAAGAUCAGAAAAAUUUGGCUGCUGAGAAAUUUCUACAGGUGCAGGUAGCGGAAGCAUACGAAGUUUUAUCAUCCGAUGAAAAACGAAAAGCUUAUGAUAAAAAGUGCCAAGAAAGCUGGAUACAGACACCAACCGGAAGUUGGCCGACGCAAAUGAAAGUGAAAAAGAAUUUUGAGGAUUUGGGAUUGGAUUACAAAACCUUCGAAGAUUUUCAACGUAGUGUAAAUACUAGGAAACAACAGACUAAACAUGAUCAUUGGCAAAUGCCUGAUGAAUUUUUCGCUCACUUUGGUAGUCGCCGCGAAUUCACAAAUACUUUUCGUCCACGAACAGCAACUUAUUUUACCUAUAGUUACAAGGAUCCGAUGCAGCGACAGCGUGAGAUAAGAGAAUGGCAAAUUUUGAUGGAAAUUGAGGAAGAAAAACAGAAAUCUAAAUAUAAAACACCGGCCUUUGUGGUGUUGGAAAAGGAGCGAAGAAGGCGAGAGCUAAGCGAAAAAAGAACAACCAAUAUUUUACUUCUUGUUUUUGGAUGUAUAACGAUAUUAACCUAUAUCCGCCUAACAUAG